UUGAUACUAAACACGGUUUUUCAUCGCGUUUAAUUAGCUUUGACGGGCGAUUUCUCUGUUUUUGACAAAAUUUUGCUUUUUUUUUGUCAAAAUUUGACAAAACACCACUCGUUGCUAUGGUUAUGGUCCGUUGCUACACCAUUUUUUACACGUUGCCAUGGUUAUGCCCUAUUUUCCUCAAAUUGCUAUGCUAACGAAUUGUCAAGUACUGCUUGUUUUUGACAAUGAGUAAGGUCAUUGCUCUGACCGGAUUUUCAUCCGGUGAAAGUCUUUCACUUUUCCUCCGGUGCCCCCAUGUCCGUUAGUGCGUGGCUAAAGUCAGUGGCGGUGCGUCGGGUGCCCAUCUUGGGGUGGGCCCCCCAGUACUCCACCGAGAAGUUAGUGAGUGACGCCAUCGCAGGAAUCACAGUUGGCUUGACUGUCAUGCCACAGGCCUUGGCAUAUGCCACUUUGGCCGGUUUGGAGCCACAAUACGGAUUGUACUCAGCGUUUGUCGGUUGUUUUGUUUACACGAUUUUUGGUACUUGUAAAGAUAUUACGAUAGGGCCGACGGCCCUUAUGGCCCUCAUGACGUACCAACAGAUCAUUGGUCGCAACACAGAUUACGCGAUUCUGCUUUGUUUUCUGUGUGGGGUACUACAACUCGUCAUGGCCAUCUUGCAUUUAGGUGUUCUCAUCGAUUUUAUUUCUAUACCGGUGACAGUCGGUUUCACUUCAGCCACAUCUGUGAUAAUCAUGACAUCGCAAAUUAAAAGUUUGUUAGGUUUGAAAAUUUCAUCGUCGGGGUUUUUGGAUACCAUCACCAAAGUUGUCAAAAAUAUACACCACACUAGAAUCGCAGAUUUGACACUAGGAGUGGUGUGCAUCGCCGUCUUGAUGCUUCUCAGGAAACUUAAAGACUACAAACUUUCGAAAAAGCAGCGAACUUUUUCGAAAGCCCUUUGGUUGAUCUCAACAUCGCGUAACGCCCUUGUGGUCAUCGUAUGCUCGACUGUGGCCUAUUUUUACGAAAUCCGGGGUCCGGGCUCGCCCUUUCGACUCACGGGAACGGUGCGUCCCGGACUCCCGGAUUUCCGGCCGCCCCCUUUUGCAACGACUUUGAAUAAUCGGACAAUCGGUUUCGGCGAAAUGGUCUCCGAUUUGGGGACUUCUGUGGUCUUAGUGCCCAUAAUUGGCGUCUUGGGCAACGUCGCCAUAGCAAAAGCGUUCGCCAGCGGACAGAUGAUUGAUGCGACCCAAGAACUGAUGACCUUGUCGAUGUGUAACGUUUUCGGAUCGUUUUUCUCAUCGAUGCCGGUUACGGGAUCGUUUUCAAGGUCGGCGGUGAAUCACGCCAGUGGCGUACGUACCCCCUUGGGAGGGGUUUACACCGGGAUUAUGGUCCUCCUAGCGUUGGGAUUUUUAACACCGUAUUUUGCUUUCAUCCCAAAGGCUUCGUUGGCGGCCGUGAUCAUCAGCGCUGUCAUUUUUAUGAUCGAAUACGAAGUGGUCAAACCCAUGUGGAGGAGUAGUAAGAAGGAUCUAGUGGCCACGUGUGCCACUUUUGUCUUUUGUUUAGCCAUUGGCGUCGAAUAUGGGAUUCUUGUAGGGGUAGGGAUUAAUAUUAUGUUCCUUUUGUAUCCCUCGGCGCGGCCUACUGUGCACGUGGACAAAGUCAAAACUCGGAUUAACGGAAUUGAGUACAUUAUGAUAACUCCAGGAAACAGUCUUUACUUCCCUGCUGUUGAUUUCAUUAAAACAAGCAUCGGGAAUGCUGGGAUUAGUUCCAAACAUUUGCCGGUGGUUAUCGACUGCCGUUUCAUCCUCGCGGCUGAUUUUACAGCAGCUAAAGGGAUUUCAGCUCUCAUAAACGAAUUUUUGAUACGACGACAGCCUCUCUACUUUUUACACACAAGGGAGGAAGUCGUGUCGUUAUUUCGCGGCGUUUUUGACAACGAUUUCAAGUAUUUUACGACACGUGAAGAGUUGGAAUCGAUUUUGGAGGAGAAAUGCAAGGAAAUUGACAAUGAGGAAACUCACUUAUUAAAUAACCAUAACCAGUGGCGUCACAGUUUGGUGGAAAUGACUGAAAUACCUUGUGAAGACUCAAAUAUUAACCAACGAAAAAUAACAAAAUGAAUCAUGACUUUUCUCGUAUUAUUUAAUAUCUAUUUAUAAGUGUAUAUAAAACAGCAAAAGCCAAAUAAAACUCAUUUAUCUUAA